UGGAUGCUUGUGAGGGAAGUGACGUCGGGGGAGUGUGGAUCAUAUCCUGUGGGAGGGGAGACGACCGUAUGCGAGGUAGGGUCGGACUCUGGAUCGAGUGCGAGUGGGUGCUGGUCUUGAUACAGCAUGGGGGUCGGUCAACUCCGGUGAGGGAGGAAGUGAAAGUGACGAGGGAGGAAGCGUGAGUGACGAGGGAGACCGUUUGAUUUGCUCAGUGGGACCUCCCUGAUGUCGGAAUUACCUGCCCAGGUUGUGCCCGUCUUUCAGGGUGGGCAGCCGAGAGAGAGUGCAUUAGAAAGCCACCAAACCAACUCGUCCGAUCUUGCCUGCAGGAGGCAGAGUGUUGAAGAACCUUGUCAGGAGAGCAAUGGCCAAUCUCAGAGUGCCAGGAGGCAGAUCCAGGAGGAGGAGGAAGGGGAUGAGGAAGAACUGACUCUUAAAUAUGGGGCCAAGCACGUCAUUAUGCUCUUUGUGCCUGUCACCUUAUGCAUGGUAGUCGUGGUAGCAACUAUCAAAUCGGUCACCUUUUACACACGGAAGGAUGGCCAGUUGUUGUACACUCCAUUUACAGAAGACACAGACACCGUUGGAGAGCGAGCUGUAAACUCCAUAUUGAACGCCCUCAUUAUGAUCAGUGUUAUUGUAGUGAUGACCCUGAUUCUUGUACUUCUCUAUAAAUACAGGUGCUACAAGGUCAUUCACGGGUGGCUGAUAAUCUCUUCACUCUUGCUGCUUUUCUUUUUCUCAUUCAUCUAUUUAGGGGAAGUCUUCAAAACCUACAAUGUUGCCAUGGAUUACUUCACGUUGGCUUUGGUGAUCUGGAACUUUGGAGUGGUUGGGAUGGUAUGUAUCCACUGGAAGGGGCCACUUCGACUCCAGCAGGCCUACUUGAUUAUGAUUAGUGCUUUGAUGGCCCUGGUUUUCAUCAAAUACCUCCCAGAAUGGACUGCCUGGCUAAUCCUGGCUGUGAUUUCAAUAUACGAUCUGGUAGCGGUGCUAUGCCCCAAGGGUCCCUUGCGCAUUCUGGUUGAGACUGCCCAAGAGAGAAAUGAACCAAUAUUUCCAGCUCUAAUCUAUUCCUCGACAAUGGUAUGGUUGGUUAACAUGGCAGAUAUUGAUCCAGAAGCCAGGCCAAGUGCUCCGAAUGAUUCUGGUUUGCCACCACCCGACCUUGCCCUUAAUCAGACAUGUGCAGGCGACGGUGAGACCCAGAUAGAUGAUGGGGCGACCCAUGCAGAUGAUGGAGGGUUCACCCAAGAGUGGACAAACAGCAGAGAUGCCAGGUUGGGUCCUAUGGAAUCGACCCAGGAGAGUCGGUCAGCUGUACAGUCUCUGCCAAGCCCUCCAGUGGCAAUUGAAGAUCCAGAGGAAAGGGGUGUGAAACUUGGUUUAGGUGACUUCAUAUUCUACAGUGUUCUUGUUGGAAAAGCAUCUGCGGCAGCAAGUGGAGACUGGAAUACAACUCUAGCCUGCUUCGUAGCAAUAUUAAUUGGUUUGUGCCUUACGCUCCUGCUGCUUGCCAUCUUUAAGAAGGCUUUACCAGCACUUCCAAUCUCUAUCACAUUUGGGCUAGUUUUCUACUUUGCUACAGAUAACCUGGUCCGUCCAUUCAUGGACCAACUUGCUUUAUAUCAGUUUUAUAUAUAGUUUUUUUUGGAAUGUGUUUCCAAGAUGUACUGUAAGUAUUCAUGCUGAGCACUGGAAAAGAGACUUUUUUGUAAUUGGUAUAAUCUAUCUGAAGUAGAGAACAAUAAAGCUCUGUGGAACCUGUGUGGAUUAUAAUUACCUGCUGAAUUUGUUGUGUUUCUAAUCCGAUUAAUGCCAGUGCACAAUUCUGAAGUCAGCCAGCCUUGUCUCUGCGGGACUGGUUGCGGUUUUAACACCACAAAUGCAUUUCUACUGAGAUGUAAGAGGGCCAAAGCAAAGAAUUGCAAGCUGCUUUGGUGAAAAGUUCAGCACAGCCUUUCUCUGGAUGUGACAUUUCUGUAAAUAAUGUUACAAUGCAAUGAAAACAAACUGUUUCCAUUCAGUUUCCAGAAUGUUUUUUAGUUUGCAAAGUUAUUAUGUAAAAGAUUUUUGUAUUAUCAAGAAAGUUUUCCAUACUGGUGGUGGCCCCCUUAAGUAAACACCUCUUGAAUAAACACACCAUGAACUUUACUUCACCCUGAAUUGAACUUUUCUUCCCCAAAUUAAUGGUUAAAGGAACACCAGCAUACUUUUGAAAUAAAAAUAGGAAAUGCUGGAAACAUUCAGCAGGUCAGUUAGUGGAGAGAGCAAGGAAGGGUUAAAAUUCCAGGUCGAUGACUGGGUGUCCUGAAUGUUUCCUAGCAUUUUGUAUUUAUUGCAGAUUUCCAGCAACUGUGAUGUUUUGCUUUUUGUACUUUUUUUUAAAGAAGUUGAUGUGAAUCAGAAACUGUGAGUUUUGUGAUGUUUUGAGAAAUGCACACAAAUAUAUUGAAUCUUUUAAAAAAACAUUUGGGUUCUUUAGGAAAAUCACUUGGAUUUCCUUCUGGGUUCCUGACCAGCAAUUAAAAGUUAGUGAUAUACUGUAA